UUGCUCACUCAAUUCACCCUUUAGAUUAUUAUGAUCUUUGUCUCCUUGACGGCCUACGGUUCGACCUCCUCUGUACAGCAACCGACAGACUGGAACAACCCUUACUUUUACUACCAUUACAACACCCCACUGGCCCUGCCUACCCAGAAGGUCUCGGCCGAUGAAAAAGCAGGAAAUCAUCAGCAGCUAUUCACUAAUUACAACGAUCACAGUAUGCAUAACACGCUAGGAUCUCAUGUCGUACUGUUAACAACAUGUCUAAGGGAUUUGAAAACCACGAAAACCGAUUUGGUACACACACAUUCCGAGGUCGAAACUGUGAAAAAGGAGUUGAAUAAGCUGAAAGAGAAUUUCCAAUUUAACUCGACGACAACUCAACUUUUGGCCAACGUUAUGACUACGGUCGAAAAUAUGAAAAAAGAUAUGACCGAUUUGGCACACACUACGCAGCGUUUGGACGAAACACACACAUCAAGCGUCGAGAGCGUAAAGAAAGAAUUGGCCAAUGUAAUGACUACAGUUGAAAAUAUGAAAAAAAUUACUAAUGAGAGCGCUCCAUCCAGCAUCGGUCGAAUGCCCGAAUCUUGCAACGAUCUGCAUAAAAUUGGUCACCGCAAGAGCGGACUUUUCACGGUCAUGGGCAACAAGACUGUCGACAACGUUUCUGUGAUUUCACAAAAGAGAUCAACGAUGCAGGUUUUCAAAAAGUGAUCGGCUUCUUCGACGUUAAAACAUCACCCGUUCAUUUUUACGCGCAAAAACCUUAUCCUACUGGAAUCUCAACACCGUUAUUCCAUUCGAAUUGCUGAGAUUGAACGUGGGCAACGCCAUGAGCCUUUCCGGAAUCUUUGUGGCUCCUAAAUCUGGCAGAUACUUUUUCUCUUUUUCGGGUAUUAGUGAUGGCAAUAUAUUUGCAAGAGUCGAGUUGCAAUUGAAAACUGAAACCGUGGAUUGGUCAAAGGUAGGAGCCCUAAAGCAAACGUAUUCCCUGCAAUCCACUUUAGAACUUGCCAAAGGCAACCAAAUUAGACUCAUGCUACUAGAAGGAGCAAUUCAUGAUG